CCGCACAUGACGGAUUAGAAAAACAGCGCACACGAGCCAGAAAGAUGGCUGUGGUGGACAGCGCGUCAAGUGACAGUGGGCUUUUUAUUUUCAUUUUACCUUGACUGAUGUUUGAUUAGUGUUAAAUAUUUGUGUUUUUUAGAAAAAAUAGACAAUUUAAGAUGAUAUCGUCAAUAAUAUCGAGAUUAGUCAUGGAAAAACCGGAAAUUCGCUUCACAAUCUACUGGAACGGCCAAGUGAUCGUCCUGUAUCUGUAAGAUUGCUCUUUGGAACGUUAUACCCCGCUUAUGCUUCAUACAAGGCUGUGAAAACGAAAAAUGUGAAAGAAUAUGUCAAAUGGAUGAUGUACUGGAUCGUGUUCGCGCUUUUCACCUGCGCCGAGACCUUCACCGAUGUUUUUUUCAGUUGGUUACCAUUUUAUUACGAGAUUAAAAUUAUUUUAGUCAUUUGGUUGCUAUCUCCCGCUACUAAAGGUUCAAGUAUACUAUACCGAAAGUUUGUUCACCCUGCGCUGAGCAGCAGGGAACAGGAAAUAGACGAGUAUAUCUCCAAAGCCAAAGAACAGAGUUACAAGCAGUUCCUCGAUUUGGGUUCCAAGGGUGUGACAGCUUUGAUGCAGACAGCUCUCAAGGGAGGCGGCGGCUUGGUGAAUCAGUUGCGCAAAAGCUACAGUCUGAGUGAUUUGAGUGAUCCUAGUCAAGAUAUGGGCGAUGGUACCAGCGAGGUGGUGAUCACAGACCCUCGCUUGUUGCGCCGUCGGAGAAGUCCAAGUCGGGCUUCCACCACAUCGUUGUACUUCCAAGAAGUGGACGUGGUGCGGAGCGACAGGAUUCAACACGUCCAAUCGGCUGAAGAUAUCAGUUCAGGGUACUCAAGUGGCGAGGGGCUGUAUGUGGGGCAACCGCCGAAAUUGCAGCCCCGGGAGGGCUUAACUCGCACCGGCUCCCUCACUAGGACUCGGCCCACGAGAGUUACGCGGUCCACAGGGCUCAAGAAAUCAUCACUGAGUGAAGAAAGCGAUGACAGUGAAAUCUUUGACACAAACAUCAUUUUCUUGAACGAUAAAGCGCGCUCCAUCCACGACCUCGCGAACGAAUCAAGUGAGGAAGAAUUUUUCGAUUCGUUGCAUGAUGAAUCCGUUGUUGCAUGUGAUUUAGACCAAGAUCGCAAAGGGAAAUACCACAAAAGAGCGGCUCCUCAGCCGCCGACGAUCAAAGCAACUCUGGUUCUGAAACCCGGAGUUGUGAAACCUUUGGAAUGUAAGGAAGUGUUUAUUCAGUCACCUAAACCAAAACGUCGCACGAUUAUUAACAAAGGGAGACUUGACUCCUCUCUCUCCAAACUAAUCAAUUUCCCUAAAAAAAUCAAACAUUCGUUUGAAAGGAUGCAAUCGAGAAGCGAUAACGAUUUGAGAAGUGUGGGGAAAAGUGACCGAUUGUCGAUUCAGUCGCUGACGGAGUCGCCAAUGGCGCGCCGAAGAUUGAAAAUUAUUCGCACUUUUGUUGACGAAGAUAUCCAUUAAAAUGUUACAAGGAUAUUCCCAGCGCAACAUUGCCUCGGACGAAGCGCGCGACUAAGAAGAAGACUAUAUAAGACUUCGAAUUGUGAUUAGGUUUGUUAUUCUAGAUAGUUAAAAAUUAAGUAAAUUUUAUGUACGUUUUCUAUAGCAAAUCUUUUGGAAGAAUUGCUUUUUAGAUGAUUUUAAUUGAAGUUUUUCCUAUCUUAAUACUCAGAGUUGUUUGGAGAUACUAAACGCGUGCUGGUGAUAUUUAUUAUGAUCUUUUAGCGUAAGUUAUUUAUUAAACUGCAUGACUUUCUUAGCCGAAUUUAUAUUAAGUUUGUAUAAAACAUACACGUAACGAUUGAAAUAAAGUGGUUGCUGUUUA